GUUACGUGGAGGAUAUAUCCAUUAUCGGGGCCGGUAUUGGCGGUACCUACACAGGAUGGAGGUUAAGAAACAAAGGCCUCCGGAUUGGAAUUUACGAAUACUCUAAUCGUGUCGGAGGCAGGAUGUAUACGAGAACUUUUCCAGAUGCCCCUGAUCUUCCCAUUGAGUUUGGCGCAAUGCGGCUGAUACCUGCUCGCCACUUGAGGAUGAUAAAAGCCGGGAGAGAAUUAGGAUUAAGAUUCGUACAUUUUGUUGAGGAAUUUGGGCGCAUUCCCGAACGCACCCGCCUUUAUCUACGAAACAGCCACCUGUCAAUCCCCGAGCUAGGGACUUCAAGAACCCCCUAUAAACUCAGGCCAGCGGAGAGAAGAAAUCCUACUGACCUACAAAGGUCAUUAUCAGAAAGGUUUACAAACUACAACGGCUCUGAUCCAAAUACAGAACGUUUCACUGCCGUCACUCUUAGAGAUGGGAUACCUUUAUAUUUCCAGAGCUACAAAGAAGUCUUGCGAAAAACUGGAAUAAGCAAUGAGGCAUACAAUUAUAUAUUUGACAACAGUUUGUUCAAAUUUGGUCUUGGUGAUGAUGAUCAAAGCAUUAUACGAUUUCCCAGAACACGAAGAGGAUUCGAAGAGAACACUAUUUCCACUGGAUUACCAAGGGUCGUCUCUGUUCCUACAGGAAUGGGUUCAUAUCCCACAGGAUUUCUGAGGCAAUACCUAUCACGGAACCCCAGAAGGCACAGGUAUCAUCCAAACCGUCAACUUAUAAAAAUUUCAAAAAUUAAAAGAGGACUCUACCGAUUGAGAUUUAGAAGAACAAGAACUAUCAAUGGCAGAACUAUUCCUACGAUGAAAUACUUCGACAUUUUCACACGUAAUGUAAUACUAGCCUUACCAAAGAUAGCCAUACAGCGGAUUCAGAUGCCAAACUCAAACAAUCCCGUUUUCCAAUCGGCACUCAAUUCGGUGAUUGAUGUUCAAGCAUCGAGAAUAUUCCUUAUAUACGAUUAUCCUUGGUGGCUUAAUGAACGCUUCAAUUUCACGUUUACCCAGGCAGAUCUACCAUACAGGCAAUCUUUCCAUUGGGGGAUAUCUCGUACUGGUAAGGCAGUUUUACUCAUGUCUUAUGCGGAUUCCGAUGAUGCUGUGUUCUGGAGUCAUCUUCAACGGAGAGGAAAUGUCAUUAGCAAAAUGAAUGAUGAUACUCGAGUAACGGAUGAGGUUAUAAGGCACGCACAUAUUCAGAUGUCCAAAGUUUACAAGAUAAACUUCAAACAUAUUCCUGCUCCUGUAGAUGCUAUGAUGUUUGUUUGGGAUAAGUAUCCCUAUAAUGGAGCAUGGGUAUCUUGGAAACCCGGAUCAAGAUGGUACGACAUCAAAAACUAUCUGACAGCACCAUUUCCUCAAGACAAUAUAUUUAUUGUCCAUGGUUACUGGGGAGCGGAACAUAACGGCUGGGGGGAGAGUUCGUUGGAUGCUGCUGAUGAUGUGUUAACCUACUUUGGUCUUCCAUCUUAUUUGUCCUUGUAG